UCAAUUCGUGACUAGGGUUUUUCUUUUUGACUCGUGACUCGUAUGAACUAUGACCUCCACACUUAAAUUUCCACAGUUUUUCCAUUUCGUCUAAAAUUCCAAUCGCUUUUCUAGGCCGUAUCGCCACUUCUUUUCCUCGGUCGGCAUGGGCUUCCUCUGUAUCGGAAAGCCGCUCGUAUGAUUCUGUUAUAGGCCCUUUCUUGGCUCUCCAUUUUCAAUGGGUUGGCAAAACAAUCCCACAGUUCGAAUCUCCAACAUACCCCAUUCUGCCGUAGCCAAAGAGCUCCUAGAAUUUCUGGAGUCCAUAACCGGUCAUGACUCAGUCUUCGCCUUGGAAAUCUUUACGGAGCGCAAGAACUGGAAGUCACGGGGUUUCGGCCGCGUCCAGUUCGUUACCCUCGACGCCAAAGCGAAAGCUCAAUCGCUUUCUCUUCAAGACCGCCUUGUCUUCAAAUCCCACUACCUCAAAAUCUCUGAGACUUCAGACGACAUCGUCUUCAGACCUGCCAAUGCGAGAAACCGGGUCGACAAUGGGGUCUUGCAUGCGGGUUUUAUGGUUAAAGAGAACUGUAUGAGUGUGCUGGAAUCCUGGGAGGGUGUGAGAGGAUGGAUCAUGCCCGAGAGGGAGAGGGCUGAGUUUUGGGUCUGGCAAGAGAAAGAGUGUUACAAACUGGAAAUAAUAUUUCAGGAUAUAUUGGAGACAAAUGGGUAUUUUAUUGGGGAAGGAAAACUGAAUGCACUACUUCUGAAGCUCAAAUAUGGACCAAAGAUCUAUAAAAAAAUCGCUGGGCCAAAUAUAGCAUCAAAAUUUAAAGCUGAUAGGUACCACUUUUGUCGGGAGGAUUUUGAAUUUGUUUGGGUACGGACAACAGACUUCUCGCCUAUGAAGUCAAUUGGACACUCGACAUCGUUUUGUUGGGUAAUUGAAGAAGAACCAUUAGCUGUGGAUAUUUUUCGAAGUUUCCCACUCUACAGAGAGAAUUUAAAUGAUCUAAUUCUAGAAGAUGGGGAAGAAUUCUGUUCUUCAGCAGAAAUAGUUCCACUUGUAAAGUGUGGUUCAGAUUCAAAGUUACAAUAUGAAAUUAUUUUUCAACUCAAUUCUCUUGUUCAUACACAGAAAAUAAGUUUUGCAUCAGUAGAUGAUGAUUUGAUUGAUUCGUUCAGCACCUUAAAUGAAGAAACUUCUGCUGUAAUUCUUCAGAAGUUGCACAACCUGAAUUCCACAUGUUAUGAACCCCUAAAAUAUGUGAAGAGUCAGUUACAUGUGCUAAGGUGUAAAAAAAGAACUAUUCCGCCAUCUUCACAUAAAAGGUUGACAGAUAAUAACAUCAUGAGCUGCCAUAGAGCCUUGAUUACCCCAUCAAAGAUUUAUUGUCUUGGUCCUGAGCUUGAAACCUCUAAUUAUGUGGUAAAGCAUUUUGCAUCAUAUGCUUCAGACUUCAUUAGAGUUACUUUCGUUGAAGAGGAUUGGAGUAAGCUUCCAACUGGUGCAGUCUCCACUAGCAUUCAAAAGGGCAUCUUUCCAAAGUCUUUUGAAACUGAAAUAUAUAAGCGGAUAUUGACUAUUCUUCAAGAUGGGAUUAUAAUUGGGACUAAAAGAUUUGAAUUUCUGGCCUAUUCAGCAAGUCAACUCAGGUCAAAUUCUGUUUGGAUGUUUGCUUCUAAUGAUAGUGUGACAGCAGAUGAUAUUAGAGAAUGGAUGGGAAGGUUCAAAGUGAUACCCAGUGUCUCUAAAUGUGCAGCAAGGAUGGGUCAAUUGUUCAGUUCUUCCAUGCAAACCCUUGAAGUUCCUACACGGGAUGUGGAGUUAAUUCCAGAUAUUGAAGUAACCUCUGAUGAUGGUACAACCUAUUGUUUCUCUGAUGGUAUUGGAAAAAUUUCACAAUCUUUUGCCAAGCAAGUAGCAGAGAAGUGUAAAUUGGACCAUGUUCCAUCAGCCUUCCAAAUUCGCUAUGGUGGAUACAAGGGUGUCAUUGCUGUUGAUCAAUAUUCUUUCAGGAAGUUAUCAUUGCGCAAAAAUAUGCUUAAGUUUGAAUCCAGCAGCACAAUGCUUAAUGUCACUAAAUGGAGUGAUGCUAUGCCUUGCUUUCUGAAUCGAGAGAUUAUAACCCUGUUGUCCACCUUAGGAAUAGAAGAUGAGGUAUUCGAGGCAUUGCAGCAGGAUCAGCUGUCUUUAUUAGCAAAAAUGUUGAAUAUUAGAGAGGCAGCUUUGAAUGUUUUAGAGAGUUUAAGUGGUGCAGAUUCAAAAAACAUUCUAGUGAAGAUGUUGCAUCAAGGUUACGAACCAGACAUUGAACCUUACUUAUCAAUGAUGCUUAGGUCUUAUUAUGAGUACCAGUUAUCUGAUUUGAAAAGUAGAUGCCGAAUAUUUGUCCCUAAAGGUCGGGUUUUAAUUGGUUGCUUGGAUGAAACUGGUCUUUUAAAUUAUGGUCAAGUGUAUGUCCGCAUAACCAUGACAAAAUCUGAGCUUGAAUGUGGACAUGAAAGCUUAAGGAAAGUGGAUGAGAGCACAUGUGUAAUAGUGGGCAAGGUGGUCGUCACAAAAAAUCCUUGUCUACACCCAGGAGACAUCAGAGUCCUUGAUGCUAUCUUUGAUGUUGAAUUAGAGGAGAACAGUUUGAGAGAUUGCCUUGUCUUCCCCCAAAAAGGGCCUAGGCCACAUCCAAAUGAAUGCUCUGGUGGCGAUCUUGAUGGUGAUUUAUAUUUCAUAAGCUGGGAUAAAGACCUAAUCCCAUGCAAAACAGUGGCUCCAAUGGACUGCUCAAGGAGGCCUCGUGUAAUGGAUCAUGAGGUGACAAUGAAGGAGAUCCAACAAUUUUUUGUUGAUUACAUGAUCAAUGAUACUUUAGGUGCUAUCUCUACGGCUCAUCUGGUUCAUGCAGACCGUGAACCUGAGAAGGCUCUGAGUAGAAAAUGUCUGGGGUUAGCGGAGCUUCACUCCAUGGCUGUUGACUUUGCAAAGACUGGAACACCUGCUGAAAUGCCAAGAGCCUUGAAACCGAGAGAGUUUCCUGAUUUCAUGGAGAGGGUAGGAAAACCAAUGUAUAUCUCGAAGGGGGUUUUGGGAAAACUAUACCGAACCAUAGUCGAGUUGAUCUUGCAGCAAAGGUCCAACUCUGAUUGGUGGUCUGAGAAACUAGCAGAAGCAUAUGAUCGUGAACUUGAGGUGGAUGGUUUUGAGGACUUUCUUGAGGCUGCAAAAUUUCAUAGAGAUAUGUAUGCUGAGAAAAUGAAAUCUUUAAUGAACUUCUAUGGAGCCGAGACUGAGGAUGAGUUGCUGACUGGUAACUUGCGAAGCCGUGCUUCAUAUUUGCAGCGUGAUAACAGGAGAUACGGAGAUAUGAAGGAUCGGAUUCUGUUAUCGGUGAAGAAUUUGCAGCAUGAAGUUAAACAUUGGUUUGAAAGUAGUUGCCAACCACAUGAAAAAAUGCAAAUGGCCUGUGCUUGGUAUCAUGUUACCUAUCACCCUCCAUAUAACCAGGAGGGCUCUAGUUUUCUGAGUUUUCCAUGGAUCUUAGGGGACAUUUUAUUGCAUAUAAAGUCUAGGAAGGGGAAAAAACUGAGGGUAAACUCGUAGUUAUUGAAUAGCAUGUUUUUCAAUGAAAAUUAGAUGGGUACGCGGUGUUGCAGGGAAUUUGGUAAAUGAACUGUACUAUCCAUGACUUGUAAAUGAUAGGACUUGUUAUAAACAUUCUAUAUUUUAGCAUGAUAUAACAUGUUAGAAUUUGUUUGUCA